GCCGAGGGAGCGGCAGCCCCGACCGCGGGCACCGCGGGAGCCCCAGUGGCAGCGGCCGCCGCCGAAAUGUCCCGGCGAAAGCAGAGCAAACCCCGGCAGAUCAAACGGCCGCUAGAAGAUGCCAUUGAAGAGGAAGAGGAAGAAUGUCCAUCAGAGGAAACAGACAUCACCUCAAAAGGGGACUUUCCACUGGAGGAAAGCUUUUCCACAGAAUUUGGGCCUGAAAAUCUGAGCUGUGAAGAAGUGGAAUACUUUUGUAACAAAGGUGACGAUGAAGGAGUCCAGGAGACAGCAGAAUCAGAUGGGGACACACAGUCAGAGAAACCGGGGCAACCUGGAGUUGAGAUAGACGACUGGGAUGGACCAGGAGAGCUGGAGGUGUUUCAGAAAGAUGGAGAACGAAAAAUUCAGAGUCGGCAGCAACUUCCAGUGGGAACCACCUGGGGGCCGUUCGCUGGGAAGAUGGACCUGAAUAAUAAUUCCUUGAAGACAAAGGCUCAGGUGCCGAUGGUGCUGACUGCUGGUCCCAAGUGGCUACUGGAUGUGACUUGGCAAGGAGUGGAAGACAACAAAAACAACUGCAUUGUGUACAGCAAAGGGGGUCAGCUUUGGUGCACGACUACGAAGGCCAUCUCUGAGGGUGAAGAGCUAAUUGCCUUUGUGGUGGAUUUUGACUCAAGGCUACAAGCUGCCAGUCAGAUGACUCUUACAGAAGGGAUGUACCCGGCGCGCCUGCUGGACUCAAUUCAGCUGCUCCCUCAGCAAGCUGCCAUGGCUUCUAUUUUGCCUACAGCUAUUGUCAAUAAGGAUAUAUUCCCUUGCAAGUCCUGUGGCAUCUGGUAUCGGAGUGAGCGGAAUCUGCAAGCCCAUUUGAUGUACUAUUGCAGUGGGAGACAAAGAGAAGCUGCUCCAGUGUCAGAGGAAAACGAAGACAGCACUCCUCAGAUUUCCAGUAUGUGCCCCUUCCCACAAUGCACCAAGAGCUUUUCAAAUGCCCGAGCUCUAGAAAUGCACCUGAACUCACACAGUGGAGUGAAAAUGGAAGAAUUCCUCCCCCCUGGUGCUAGUCUAAAAUGCACCGUCUGUAGCUACACUGCUGAUUCUGUGAUCAACUUUCACCAACACCUGUUCUCCCAUCUCACUCAAGCUGCCUUCCGAUGCAAUCACUGCCACUUCGGCUUCCAGACUCAGAGGGAGUUAUUGCAGCACCAGGAGCUCCAUGUCCCUGGCAGCAAACUGCCCAGAGAAAGUGACAUGGAACACUCUCCAAGUGGAACCGAAGACAGCUUACAGCCAGCUACAGACUUGCUGACCAGAAGUGAACUCCCCCAGAGCCAAAAGGCUAUGCAGACUAAAGACGCGAGCUCUGACACGGAGCUGGACAAGUGUGAGAAAAAGACUCAGCUCUUUCUCACUAACCAGAGACCCGAAAUUCAGUCUGCAACAAAUAAACAAAGCUUUUCUUACACGAAAAUAAAGUCUGAGCCCUCUAGCCCAAGACUCGCCUCAUCUCCAGUUCAGCCUAAUAUUGGGCCUUCUUUCCCCGUGGGACCCUUUCUAUCUCAGUUUGCUUUUCCCCAAGAUAUCACCAUGGUCCCUCAAGCUUCAGAGAUCUUAGCCAAGAUGUCUGAACUGGUACAUCGGCGACUGAGGCACGGAAGUAGUAGCUACCCUCCCGUCAUUUACAGCCCCUUGAUGCCCAAAGGGGCUACCUGUUUUGAGUGUAACAUAACAUUCAAUAAUUUGGAUAAUUAUCUAGUGCACAAAAAACAUUACUGCAGCAGCCGAUGGCAGCAGAUGGCCAAGUCCCCAGAGUUCCCUGGUGUUUCGGAAAAGAUGCCUGAGGCCGUGAGUCCCAACACUGGCCAAACCUCCAUAAACCUUCUCAAUCCAGCCGCUCAUUCUGCUGACACUGAGAAUCCACUUCUUCAAACACCCUGCAUCAAUUCUUCCACUGUUUUAGAUUUAAUUGGACCAAAUGGGAAGGGCCACGACAAGGACUUUUCCAUUCAAGCUAAGAAGCUCUCCACCCCCAACAGCAAUGACGAUAAAAUUAAUGGAAAACCUGUUGAUGUGAAAAAUCCCAGCCUCCCCUUAGUGGAUGGGGAAAGUGACCCAAAUAAGACUACCUGUGAAGCUUGCAACAUUACUUUCAGCCGGCACGAAACCUACAUGGUCCACAAACAGUAUUACUGUGCUACGCGCCACGACCCUCCGCUCAAGAGGUCAGCUUCCAACAAAGUGCCUGCCGUGCAGAGAACGAUGCGUACGCGCAAGCGCAGGAAGAUGUAUGAGAUGUGUCUUCCUGAACAGGAGCAAAGGCCUCCGCUAGUCCAACAGCGAUUUCUCGACGUAGGCAACCUCAGCAGUCCUUGUACCUCCACUCAAGAACCCACGGAAGGGCUGGGAGAGUGCUACCAUCCGAGAUGUGAUAUCUUUCCCGGAAUUGUCUCAAAGCACUUGGAAACGUCCCUCACGAUUAACAAGUGUGUUCCGGUUUCCAAAUGUGACACUACUCAUUCCAGUGUUUCCUGCCUAGAGAUGGACGUGCCCAUCGAUCUCAGCAAAAAGUGUUUAUCCCAGUCUGAGCGGACGACUGCCUCUCCCAAAAGGCUGCUGGACUACCACGAGUGCACUGUGUGCAAGAUCAGUUUCAACAAGGUAGAAAACUACCUGGCCCACAAGCAGAAUUUCUGCCCGGUCACUGCACAUCAGCGUAACGACCUGGCUCCGCUCGACAGCAAAGUGUUUCCGAAUCCAGAAAGCGAACGAAACAGCCCCGAUGUCAGCUAUGAAAGAAGCAUCAUAAAAUGUGAGAAAAAUGGGAACCUGAAGCAGCCUUCCCCCAACGGAAACUUAUUUUCCUCCCACUUAGCAACUCUGCAGGGCCUGAAAGUCUUCAGUGAAGCCGCUCAGCUCAUUGCGACAAAAGAAGAAAACAAACAUUUGUUUCUUCCACAAUGCCUGUACCCUGGAGCAAUAAAGAAGGCAAAAGGAGCCGACCAGCUCUCUCCUUAUUAUGGAAUAAAGCCAACUGAUUAUAUUUCUAGUUCUCUUGUCAUCCAUAACGCUGACGUGGACCAAAGCACAAACGCGGAAAAUGAAUCUCCCAAAAGCCAGGCUUCUUCCAAUGGGUGCGCUGUGCCGAAGAAAGAUUCCCUGCCGUUGUUGCCCAAAAACCGAGGCAUGGUCAUAGUGAAUGGUGGACUGAAGCAAGACGAGCGUCCUGCCGCCAACCCACAGCAAGAGAACAUUGCCCAGAAUCGUCAGCAUGAAGACGGCCGCAAAUCCCCCUCCUGGAUCUCGGAGAACCCGUUAGCCACGAACGAGAACGUCUCCCCAGGAAGUCCCUCCACAGAGGACCAGUUGUCUAGUAUAGCUAAAGGUGUGAAUGGCUCCACCCAGGCUCCAACCAGUGGGAAAUAUUGCCGGCUGUGUGACAUCCAAUUCAACAACCUCUCAAACUUUAUAACUCACAAGAAGUUUUAUUGCUCAUCACAUGCAGCAGAACAUGUCAAAUGAAAUCACAAAAUAAGUAAACAUCACUCACCUUUGGUACCAGUGUUUAGUAUGUUGUUCUACCCAGUACAGAAAAAAAGAAAAAAGAAAGAAAAAAAAAAAAAAGCUGUUUGAAUUACAUCUGGGCAAUCAGGAGACAAUUCAUUAUGGCUGAGUUGAAGACUUAAGGUGUAAUUUCAUUACAGUCCAUUAGUAAAGUGUAUUAUU